AUGUCUACAAGUCUACUUACUAAUCAUCCUGUUACACCUAACUCAAGACCAAAAAAUGAUAAACUAAUUACACCAACGGAUUCUUCUGAAAUUUUAGCUUCUGAAAAAUAUGAUACAAAUCAAUCAAAUACAAAAAGUAAGCAAACAACAUCAGCACACUCAAAUUCUUCAUUAACUAAUUCGAUUUCAACUCAUGAUUCAGAUUAUGAUUAUGAUACAACACUUUCAUUAACAGAAAGCUCAAGUUCUAAUAUUCCAAAUACAAAAACUGUAACUAAUCUUAUAUUAGAAAAUGAUGAAGCAGAAUUUUUUACUAUUAUCUCAUCUAAAAAUACAACAAUGACUCAAAUCAAUAAUAAAAACGAUAAUAUGAAGAAAUCAAUAAAAAAUCAUCAUAAAAUACGUUCAUCAUUUAGAAAUAAAUUUCAUCGAUCAUAUAGAAAUACAUCGGAUAUUGGUAUUGAUAAUUCGAAUGAAGUUUUACCGAAAACAUCACUUAAAAUGAAACAAGAUAUGAAUGGCAUUAUUGUUGAUUUUUAUCAGACCAAUGAAAAAAUACUUGAUAAAUCUUCAUUAAAUGUAUCCAAAAAUGCAAAGACUACAUGUCAUCUAUCAUUACAUGAACAUCAACGAGCCAAAAAUACAAUGAUGAAAACGGCACAUUUGUUCGAUCAAGCAGGUUUUCUGAAUAAUAAUAACAAAAGAUUUCCUUAUCCAUAUAUAGAUAUAAUACAAGGAAAGAAUGUUAAUCUACUUUAUUCUCAAGAACAAGUUACAUCAAAAAAUCUUCUUAUACAAAAUAAACCAUUACGACAUAAAAAAGUUCGCUAUAGAACUCAACGUCGUUUAUUAAAAGUACAACAUGAUUUAAAUACAGUCAAAAAUGAUUUACCCUGCAGAAAAUCAAAAAAAUCACAUGAAGAAUUAUCUUCAUUGAAUGUAGAAAAUUAUCAAACUCGUUUAAGAAAAAAUUUACUUAAAGUUCGUAACGAAAUAGCUGAUUAUAAUGUAAUAGAUUCAUCAACGGAUGAUCAUGAAGAAAAAACUGAUCAAACUACUGAAAAUAUGAAAACAACUAAAUCAGUUACACAAUCACAAACAGAAGGCUAUCAAAAAAAAUUAAUACCAAUUGAAAUGGUUAAAAAAAGACGAAAAGAUUUAAUCUCUACACCAUUUAUUCCACGUCGAGCACGAUGGAUUAACAAAAAUAUAGAAAAAGAUAAUAAUAAUAAUAAUAAUAAUAAUAAUCGUCCUAUUGAUUCACGUUUCGAUUCUACGACAUUUAUUGAUCUUUAUAAAGAAGCCGAAGAAUUUUUUGGCUCUGAUUUACCAUUUUGGGAUCUAUUACCACAUUUUGAUCCAUCUCUAUCAUUAUCAUCUAUAAAAUCUGAAUUAAUUCAUUUCGGAUUACCAGCUAAAUUAAUAGUUUUAGCUAGUUUAAUGGAUGAAGAUAAAAUCAAACACCUAACGCUUCAUGAUGUCGAAUUCAGUAAAAUGGAAAAUUAUAAUAAUGAUUUAUUUAAUCAAUCAAGCGAAAGCGAUGAUGAAUUUUUUGAUUGUUAUACUUCUCUUACGCUUGAACAAAGAAAAUUACAAGAAUUGCCAUGA